AUGAUGUACACACAUCGCUUGGUUGGGACACGAGACGAAGCUACACUUGAAAUCUUGGAUACUGCCUUUAAGAUGCCACAGGACACAUUGGAAAAGCACAUUCGCUGGGCUGAUGGCUUUAUUUUGAUGUACUCCGUUACUGACCGGCACAGUUACCAGGACGCCCACAAGCUAAAGGAGAUGAUCUUUCAGCUGCGAGGCUCUGACACACCGAUCGUGCUGGUGGCCAACAAACAUGACCUUCUGACAGCACGUGCGGUCACGGAGGACGAGUGCGACAACCUGGCCGGGGAGAUGGACUGUCCCAGGUUUCAGAUUUCCGUUGCUGAAGGUCAAGAAGGAGUCAACGAAGCAAUGGAGGAGCUUCUAGUCCUGAUCAAACGGCAGCUGGUGAAGAGCUUGUCUGCGCCAACACCGGAAAACGUCGCCGGACUAGAGAAGAGGUCAAGGUUUGUCAACAUGAAGAAAGCCUUCAAGAAGAAGAUUGUCAGAAGCAGGAGCGAUACAUUUUAA